AUUCCUCACCACAAAGCAUUAUUACACGUAUUAGUAGUAGUUAUUACUCCUAUUACUCUCUCAAGUCUAAUGCGACUUUUGUAUCACGAGUACUACACAGCUCCAUACAAAUUCUUCUUUGUUAACUUCUCCUUACCAUAAAACCAUCUUUUAGCUAAGCUCCAAAUUAUGGAACUCGAUCCUCAUCUAACUCAAGUCUCUCGAUAUCUCGGAUCAUCCUGUCGGAAUCUCACCCCAUUCCGGUAACAGGGUUCAUCUUUCACGCUUGUUUUUCACUUUAUUCCAGCCUAGCUACUCUCCAUUUCCACCCUACCAUCUCUUACUUGAAAUUUACAGAAAAUUCGAACUGUGAAGUCAGGGUUCUAUGGGGCAGUUGUCAACCAUGUUCAACGGAUUGGCAAGGUCCUUAUCUAUCAAGCAAAGGAGGAGUUAUUUUGGCAGUUGUCGUGGAAGAGAGGCUAUGGAAGCCAUGACUGAGGAAGCAAAGACGGAGGGCUUGAUAUUAAGGACCUCGGGUACUGUUAACGUUGAUGGAUCCAAGAAUUUUGCAGCUGUUUUCUCCAAGAGAGGAGAAAAAGGUGUGAAUCAAGAUUGUUGCAUUGUUUGGGAGGAGUUUGGUGGCCAAAAAGACAUGGUGUUCUGUGGCGUAUUUGAUGGACAUGGUCAAUGGGGUCAUUUUGUUGCAAAGAGUGUUAGGGAAUCAAUGCCGUCUUCUCUACUCUGCAAUUGGCAGGAGACAUUGGCUGAAGCUUCGCUUGACCCAAGUUUUGAUUUGGCAUCAGAGAAGAAGCUUAACGGAUUUAAUAUAUGGAAGCAAUCCUAUAUAAAAACUUGUGCUGCUGUGGACCAGCAGCUCAAGCGUCAGCGUAAAUUUGAUACAUUCAACAGCGGCACUACUGCUUUGACCAUCGUUAGGCAGGGUGACCUUAUUUACGUAGCAAAUGUGGGCGACUCACGUGCAGUAUUGGCUACAACUUCUGAUGAUGGCAACUUAGUACCAGUGCAGCUGACGAUUGAUUUCAAGCCCAACCUACCCGAGGAGGCUGAGAGAAUCACGAAAUGCAGAGGUCGUGUGUUCUGUCUAGAGGAUGAGCCUGGGGUACACCGAUUGUGGCUUCCGGAUGAAGAGUCACCUGGACUGGCAAUGUCUAGAGCCUUUGGGGACUACUGUGUUAAGGAUUUUGGAUUGAUAUCCGUUCCUGAAGUUACACAGAGGCACAUAAGUGGCAAUGACCAAUUUGUUGUGCUAGCAACGGAUGGGGUAUGGGAUGUGGUUUCCAACCAAGAAGCAGUGCAAAUUGUAGCAUCAACUCCAGACAGGGCAAAAUCAGCCAAACGUCUAGUUGAAUGUGCUGCCCAUGCAUGGAGACGCAAGAGAAGGGGUAUUGCCAUGGAUGAUAUUUCUGCUAUAGUUCUCUACUUCCAUAAUUCUGAUCUUUGUCAGCAAAUCUAUCCUGUAUAUUCAUCCAAAUAGCAUUCGAGAAGAGUGAAAAUAUUGCUCGUUUAUCUUUCUUUGUACUUUUGGCCUCUCUCACUCUCUCUGGCUGAAAAUCCAUAGAUGAUUAAUGAUGCAGCAGCCUAAUUAAACAAGAAAGAAGAAGGAGAAAAGGGAGAACUUUAGAACUAAA